UGGUUUGUUCAUUGAAAAUCGAUGACCGAUCACCCAAAAUUGAUGCGGGUUUCGACUCAACCGGUGGCAAGCUGUGAGUUGGAACCAUGGCGAGACCUGAGAGGCACGAUCGUGAUGGUUACCGGCGCAUCAUCCGGCAUCGGCUGGGAAUUCUGCAUCGACUUGGCCAAAGCCGGUUGCAAAAUCAUUGCCGCCGCCCGUCGAACCGACCGGCUCAAGGCUCUGUGCGACAAAAUUAACAAUUUGGAUAUCUCCGAUGAUCAGGUGAGGAACGAGAACAACGACGUCCAAGCAGUGGCGGUGGAGCUUGACGUCAGCGCCCAUGGUCCUUCCAUCGAAGCCUCUGUGCUAAAAGCUUGGAAAUCUUUUGGCCGUAUCGAUGCUUUGAUCAACAACGCUGGUAUUAGAGGUCCCGUGAGAUAUACGUUGAAUUUGUCGGAAGAAGAUUGGGAGAGAACGUUUAGAACAAAUGUAACAGGAUCGUGGUUGGUAACGAAGUAUGUUGGCCUACAAAUGCUUGCUUUUAAUCAAGGAGGAUCCAUAAUCAAUAUCUCAUCUACUGCUGGUCUUAAUCGUGGUCAUCUACCUGGAGCUCUUGCAUAUGCUUCUUCAAAAUCGGCCCUUAAUACCAUGACAAAGGUAAUGGCAAUGGAACUUGGUCGACACAGAAUAAGGGUGAACUCGAUAUGUCCUGGGAUUUUCAAGUCCGAGAUCACGGUGGAUCUCCUGCAAAAGAAAUGGCUAAAAAACGUGGUUUCAAAAACGAUGCCGUUGAGAGAAUUGGGCACCACUGACCCAGCCUUGACAUCGUUAGUUAAGUACCUAAUUCAUGGCUCAUCCGAUUACGUGACUGGUAACAUAUUCGUUGUAGAUUCGGGAUACACCUUAGCAGGUGUUCCAAUAUAUUCGUCACUGUGAACCAACUCUGUUACGUCAUGCUAGUUUACGAUACUUUAUGAAAGUCCGUUAUACUGGUUCACUAGCCAAAUCAGAGGAAAGUAUGUCAUUUAUGCUAAAUGUUCUAUGGAAUCUUUUGCAAGAAGAGUAUCACGCGAUCCUUGGGGAACCCAUACUGUACCGGUCCUAUGAUCAUCAGCGGAAG